CGCUGCGAAUACACGACACGCUUCGCAGUCUUUUCCUUCCCGCGAAAAUACGUAUGUUGCGUAAAUUUUAAAAAAGGAACUUUAUUGUUCAUUUGUUUAUUUCAACAGAAUUAAGUUCGGUAUUGUUUUGUGAGUGCUAUUUUAUGAAUACAACAUUUUUGGUUUGAUAUAUUGGAGAGACCAGAUAAAGACAAGAUAUUGCACACUUGAAGGCUAUGACUAAUAGUAUGAACAACAUUGUGUUUAAAUACUAACGUAGAAACAAAUCUAUGUGAAAUUUGAAGAUACAGCAUGAAAAGCAGUAAAUAUCUUCAAGUUAGAAGUAAAAGUCUUAGACAGUAUCACAUAUACCAACAUGAUAGUACCAAUAACAAACCCAAACGGCUUAUGAUGCUUAAUUAAAUAGACAAACAAAUUAUGCAGAACGAAUGGACAGCGAAUGAAACGUACAAUAACAACAUCAGCGCUUUCAGCAACAAUACCCAAAAUGAUAAUAUUACUUCACUGCCAGACCCAAUCGAGGAUAAAGCGAUUCAAGCCGCCUUUUGUACAGCUUACACGAUUAUUUUCGUAGUAGGAAUCUUCGGUAAUGCCCUUGUUUGCUAUGCGGUAAUCAGAAACCGAGCCAUGCAAACCGUAACUAAUUUGUUUAUCACGAACCUCGCCUUGUCUGACAUAUUACUUUGUGUAUUUGCUGUACCAUUUACUCCUCUUUACACUUUCUUAGGAAGAUGGGUCUUUGGCGGCUUGCUUUGCCAUAUUAUGCCUUACGCUCAAGGAUGUAGUGUUUAUAUUUCCACUUUAACAUUAACAUCUAUAGCAAUUGAUAGAUUCUUCGUAAUAAUCUAUCCAUUUAAACCUCGGAUGAAAAUAAAAACUUGUAUUGGUCUUAUUGUAUUCAUUUGGGUAUUUGCACUAUCAGUCACAUUUCCUUACGGCUAUUACAUGGCACUUCAAGAUGUUUUCUGUGCAGAAAAAUGGCCAUCGGAUCAGAUCCGAAAAGCCUUUGGAGCAGUUACAACUAUCAUGCAAUUUGUAAUACCGUUUAUCGUUAUGGCAUUUUGUUACACUUGCGUCAGUAUAAAAUUAAACGAUCGACUUAAGUCCAGACCUGGUAGUAAAAAUAGUAAAAAGGAAGAUGCAGAAAGAGAAAGAAAGAGAAGGACAAAUAGAAUGCUAAUCGCGAUGGUCGCGAUAUUUGGUCUUUCGUGGCUGCCUUUGAAUUUGAUUAACAUAAGUAGUGACUUUUAUUCUUUUGCUGAAGAUUGGAGGUACUACAUGGUGUUAUUCUUCAUUGCACAUUUUAUAGCAAUGUCUUCCACUUGCUACAAUCCAUUCCUUUACGCGUGGUUAAAUGAAAACUUCCGCAAGGAAUUCAAGCAGAUACUUCCUUGUCUUGGAGCAUUCGUUACAAAAAAAACAAGAAAAAAUUUCAACCAAUCAGAGAGAACGGGGAUGUAUCGUUCAGAGAAAACCUGCAAUGGAAACGAUACGAUCCAGGAGUCGCUUUUAACUUCCACCGUAACAAAACCAUCGGUUAGAUAUAAAAUAGAGUUUAAUGAAAAACUGAAAGUAUAUGAAGAUGAUGGUGAAAAUAUUAGCCCAGAUGAAAAACCAGAGGAAAAACCUAGUCCUAAUGAAGACUGUGUUAAGAUGUAUAUGUUUGUAAAUAAGUCCGCGGCGACGUCUGAUAAGGAGCCGAUUGUUUCUGCUCUUUAAUUUUUAGUAAAUACCUGAAAAAAUGGAAGUCCAUGUAAGCGAAUGAAGAAUGUUAAGUAAUUUAAUACGUCUAAACAUCACCAGCUUUAAGAUAUAAGUAAUGUAAAUAUAAAAUCAAACGUAGAUUCAUAUUAAAUAAAUAUUAGUAUAUUUUAACUAAAAUUAAUGUAAACGAUAGUUAAUCGUGUCAUUCGAUGUUUACCCUUAAAUGUAGUAUGUAGGCCUAAGUCGAAAAUUGUAUAAAUUCUGUAAAUAAUAUAAUAAAGAAAAGCAUUUACGUCAAUUAUGUGUAUAAGGAACUGUGAGCCCAUUGACGGAUUUGCUUUUUUUGUUUAGAAUUUAAUGUUAAUUAUUUUUUUUAAAUAUUUUCAAUGGAUUCUUUGGAAUUAUUAUAAGAUGCCUUGUAACUAAUGUGUCAAUGAUGGAUGAAACCUGUGCAAUUCGCUGUCAUUAUAUUAAUAAAGUGUACCAAAGAUUA